AUGGCAGAGUCCAAAGUGACAAUGAAACUUCUCAUCGACUCCAAAAGGAAAAGAGUAAUGUUUGCUGAGGCCAACAAGGAAUGCAUUGAUUUCCUAUUUCACAUUCUGGCAUUGCCAAUAGGCAGUGUCAUUAGGCUUCUCACGACCAAAGGGAUGGUUGGCUGUUUGGGUAAUCUAUACGAGAGCCUCGACAAUCUGGAUAAUACGUAUAUUCAACCAAAUCAGGACAAAGAUAUCCUCUUGAAACCACAAUCAGCAGCCUAUGCUACUUCAAGUCCUCUGUUGCUCACUGAUUCCCCUGUUAUAAGACAGUUUUACAAGUGUCCUUACCAUAACUACAUGACUGAUGAUUCUCGAACGGCUUGUCCUCAGCGUUGUGGAAAUCUGAUGAACAUAAAAAUGGAAUAUGUAGCAACUGCUGCGGAUAAUGCGGUAGCAUCUAAUGGAGGUUUGGUAAAAGGGGUUGUGACUUACAUGGUGUUGGAUGACUUGUCUGUGAAGCCUAUGUCCACUAUUUCAAGCAUUACUCUGCUGAAUGAAUUCUGUGUUCAGGAUGUUGGGGUACUUAAAGAGAAAGUUGUUACUCUUGGAAUGGAUGAGGCUCUCAAGCUGUUGAAGACUUCUCUGCUGUCAAAGAAUGUCUUGACCGAUGUUUUCAUGGCCAGUAUUUUAAAAGAUUAA